CAACAACUUUUGGUGUGGAAACAGCUCAAUUGACAACAAUGUUUUACGUUUCCGCCUCUUCUCUCGCGGCCGUCGCUGCUUUGUUACUACGCGUCCGCGCACAAUCAAGCCUUGGUUCGGAAGACUUCAUUCGUUUCGGAUGCUCCCAACUCGUCGUGGAGCGCACCGAUCCGCUCGUUAAUCCUGGCUACAGCCCCUCACCUCACAUGCAUCAAAUUGUGGGCGGCAACUCUUUUAACGUGACUAUGGAUCCAUCCACUUUCGACCCGCCCCAAACAUCGACUUGCACGAGUUGCAUCUAUAAAGAAGACACCAGCAACUACUGGACUGCUUCAAUCUAUUUCAGAUCACCAGAGAAUGGCACAUUCAAGCGGGUCCCGCAAAAGGCGAACGGGCGUAUGAAUGGUACCCUAUUACCACAAGAUGGCGGUCUCACUGUCUACUACAUGCGGCCGUUCGGGGGAGCCACGGGCAUCAAUAAGACGACGAGAGCGUUCACUCCUGGCUUUCGAAUGUUGGCUGGAGACCCAACCCUACGCGCGAACAACACUAAAACACCCUUCGCAAUCUGUCACCGUUGUCUGAAAGAAAGUGAAGGUAUUAUGGGCGGGAAUGGCGCGCCAUGUGACAGGAACGACACCCCGUAUUUCCCCAAGAAGCCAUGCCCAGGAGGUAUCAGAGCAACAGUGAUAUUCCCAAGCUGCUGGGACGGCGUUAAUGUCGAUUCGCCCGACCACAGAACUCACGUGACAUAUGCCCAGGAGGGCGGCCUUGGUGCCCUUGCUGGAGACAAGUGCCCUGAUUCGCACCCCGUCAGGAUUCCGCAGGUCAUGUACGAGAUUAUGUUCGAUACGAGACAGUUCAAUGAUGAGAAAUAUUGGGCUGAUGGAAAUCAGCCGUUGGUAUAUUCUUUUGGAGAUCCCACGGGUUACGGUGCACAUGGGGAUUACUUGUUCGGUUGGAAAGAUGACGCUCUUCAGCGUGGCAUGGACUCGCUUGGUAAAACAUGCGGGUCAGAAUACUGCGACCAAGUUCUCACGGUCCAAGAUGGAAAAGAUGCCAUUGGAUGUACCAAGUCUCAGCAGGCCAACGAGGAUAUAGGGGAUGACAACUGGCUCGAAUCCAUUCCUGGAAACGUUGUUAUUGGAUAG